AUGAGUACGGACCCAGCACAACUCGGCCGACAGCUAUCAUGGCAGGCUAUAGCUACCGAGGACGAGCCCGCGCCCGCGCCCGACGAAACGACGGGCAUUGUGUCCCGGGGAUCUGGGCAGAGCUACCAGGCGCUCCAUACGGCUGGCACGACCCGCCCCAGACCAUCUAUAUACUCCAGACCGUCACGGCCCGUCCCCUCAGACCGUCCCGAGGAUGAUGCUCCGAACGGGAGUGCCGAGAGGGAAUCCAGGUCGUGGCUGAGAGGGAAGCUGGCGGCCUUGCAGUCUGUUGAGCUGGAGAACAAAGGAAGUGUUGCACGGGACCAUCUCGCGCUAGAACGGACAUUCCUCUCCUGGUUACGCACGUCCCUGGCGUUCGCAUCCAUUGGCGUGGCCGUGACGCAACUCUUCCGGCUCAACACGACGAUAUCCGGCGGCAAUGGAAACUCCGACAACGCCACUCUUCGACGCCUGGGCAAGCCGCUGGGCUCGACGUUUCUUGGCAUCAGUAUCCUUACGCUGCUGCUGGGAGCUAGGAGGUACUUCCACGGACAGGAUUGGGUCAUCAAGGGGAAGUUUCCGGCCAGUCGCGGCACCAUUAUAUUGAUUGCGUCGGUUUCGCUGGCCAUCAUGCUGGUUUCGCUGGUGGUUGUCAUUGUCAUUCAUCCGCCAGACGAGGAUCUGUAA